GGGUUGAAUCAAAACUUUGAUGAACAGUGUUGUGGCCUUUCCAGUGCAUCUAUACAUUUCUUAAAGACCUUGCAUCUCUUUAGAUGACCGUCUCUUUAAGAAAGAAGGGUGUUGUUGGAUUUUUAUCUCUCACUCCCCCCCCCCCUUCUGUGUUUGUGUGUUUAACUGAGCUAAGCUUCUCUUUAAAAAAAAAAUAGACCCAUGGGAUUCUUUUAUUCUUUCAAAUUAUUUACUUGAUGAGUAUUUCAUAAUAAUAUUUUCAAGGACAAAUGAUGUCCUCUUUAUUAAAGAUUGGUUACAAACCCAUCGUACAAUGACACAGCAAGUCUGACCUGCAAAGGCCUCAGUGGAAAUUUCCAUGUGGGUGUGGUAAAUAAGGUCAGGUGACUUUGGGAUUUCACAAAAUAUUCCCAUUUGUGUUCCAGAUAAAACACACACAUGUGUAUCAAGUUAAAGUAGGUGAUUUGAAAAAUCUCACAUAAUGAAGCUUCUCAGGAGUAAAACACUGAGAGAACUGCACUCUAACAAAUACACGAAUGUUGAUGGUUCAAUUCUUAUAAUUCUCAUUCUAUAAUUCUAUAAUAGAUUGAAUAUAUACCAGCCAGUCUGGUGAUAUGUAAUACAGAGUGCUGCAUCAGCCAAGUCUUACUUCAUACCUAAAGGUGCAUCUCUAACUCAAAGUAAACAAUUCACAUCACCGAGAAUAAUCAAUUCCUGCUUAUACCAUUCAUAUACAGAACAGAGCUAUAUUUAAUCACUGCAGUGGCAUUUUGCACAAGGACAGCAGUGCAUGAUUACAGGUACAUAAUGAAAAUUUCCAUCAAAUAAUUCAGAAAUAACUUUUUAAUAUGAUUCAAAGAAAUAAAAUUUCUAUGAAAUAAACUAGCUGGCCAUAUCAUACUUUUCAUUCAGCAAGCAAUAAUUGUACAUGCAUGUCAACAUGAACCAAAUCUAGGUAUAUUAACAUGUACUAUGUAUCUGCCUGUAGUGUGUACGGCAAGUUUCUGAAUUUGUCAUCAUGUACACUAGCAUGUUUUUCGUUAUCUUUUUCAGUGUGGACUUUGAGCACAGCAUGCAGCCUCAACUCAAAAUAAGACAUUCAUGCAAUGUGACAGGAUGUCAAUUUUCACACCUGAAACGUAAUCAAGUGGCAUGAGUUACAAAGAAACACACAGACAAUGAUCGUCAGGGCAGCAGCCGGGUACCUCUACAAACAAGGAGUCUGGAUUAUGCAAUAUGAUUUAAAAAGAUUCACCAAACUAUCUGCUGGAACAGCCUAAACCAUGUUUGCCUUUGAUGCUAAGUCUCAGUGUAACACUCAGGAAGUUUUUUGUCUUCAAGAUGGAUCUAGAUCCAGACAUUAAUUCUGUUGUAACCUUGAUGGAGUUUGAUGAAUUUCAACCAACAGAAUUUCCUCUCAAUUUUGACAUGCCAGACUUAACAUCAGAAACCAGCUCAGUUGGUAUAGAAGCUGCUGAUGUCAGCAGCCUACUGGAACAAUUUGAGGAAGCAUCAAAUUCUUUAUCUGGCUUUGAUGACAUCAAAGGGAACAUUGAAUCAAAAACAGAAGAACAAAGAGUAGAAACAACAAUGCCAGAAAAAUCAGCCCCAAAAACAGAUAUUUUAAAAAAGAUGAUAAAAGCUUCAAAUAAGCCAAAGUCUGCAAUCCUGUUACCAAUGGGGAUGCCGUCAAAAAGAGGACGAGGGCAAGCUGUUGCGCUUAAACCAACCAGCACCACUCCGAGGCUGCAGCGAAUACUACAGAAAUCCUCGGCUAAAGUGAGUCAAGACACAGUAUUGUCCGUGGAUUCCCCGAGGAAACAGCCAUUGCAUAUUUCCUCAGACAUUCUGGCAGAGGAGAAGAAUAUUGUUAACAAAAAUUACUACAAAGACAUCUUGGACCAUGAUUAUUGUCAAAAUGUUCCUAAACUGGAGAACAAACCACAGACAGGUCCAACUUGUGAUCCAAGGGAUAUUCUAGACUUGGAAGAUGGAGAGAUAAUGGAUGAAUUUGACAUUGUUGAGAAAGAUGGCAAUCAAUCUAUGAAUGUCACAAGGGAAAACCCCCACCUUAAGGAUAAUGCAUCAAGGAAAGAGGAGAAUGCUGCCAGUAAAUCAUGUGUUUCAACUCAAAGGGGAAUGAGAUUUGGUGCCAGAAACUACAGAAAAAGAGAUGAAUGUCCAUUUGUUGAGGAGGAGGAUAAAUACUUUGAUAAAAUACCGUCCUACUACACAGUUCUAUCACUGAAUGGUGUGAAACAGUCCAAAUCUAAAAAGGAAAAUGUGGCUCCAAAAGAAAAUACUUGUGGAGGUAUAAGCAUUCAGGACUACUUUGAGCCGAAUCCCACCCCACAGGGAGACAACUCUGUGUAUAGUCGACUACCAGCUUAUCAUAGCUGUUUCACUAACAGUACUAAGUAUGACACCAGUGAUGUCUCAAUGGAAAGCAAAUCAAGUAGUGGAUAUUCCAGUCGAAGUCGAUCUCCGAAUGUGAGCAGACGAUCAAGUUCAAGGUCAAACAGUUGUUCAAGUGCACCAAGAUCUAGGGAUCUUGACAGGAGAGGAAGGAGGAGGAAAAGAAGUGGUACAUACAGUUCCAUAUCAAGAUCUAGGUCAAGGUCAUAUGGAUCAUCCUACUCAAGAUCAUCUCGUUCAAGAUCUCGGUCAUACUCUCGCUCAAGGUCAUACAGCUCAAGAUCCAGGUCAUCAUCCAUUUCUAGUCGUUCACGAAGUCGGGACAGAAGUCGAAGCUGCAGUAGAGACAGGAGUCGAAGUCUGUCGCAUGAGAGACAUCUUGCAGAACGCCAGAAACGCAGAGAGGAGGAUAGGGCUCAGAAAAUGAGAGAGCGAAGAAUCAUAUAUGUUGGAAAAAUUCCAAAUAACUAUACGAAAAGAAAAUUGCGGAAGAGAUUUGAAUGUUUUGGAGAAAUUGAGGAGGCCAGUGUUCAUUUCAGGGAGUCAGGAGACAACUAUGGAUUUGUGACCUUUGCUUACACAUGUGAUGCGUAUGCUGCUGUAGAAAAGGGAAACCAGGUUCCGGGAGAAGAGCCGUUUGACCUUUGCUUUGGUGGCAGGCGACAGUUUUGUGAAGUGGAAUAUGCAGAUUUAGAUGGAAAUAAUGAAAUAAUUGAAGAAUACUAUCCACUUGUGAAGAAAAAUGAUCAAUUAGAUUUUGACUCUCUUCUUCAACAAGCACGGAAAUUAACAGAGGAGAAAAAGAAGAAGGCAUUAUGAUAAUAAAACACAUUUUCCCCAUCUUAGACAACAAAAAAACCACGUCUUUCAUUAAAAAGGAAAAUUCUCCAACUGGAUAUAUAGAGAAACACUCAGUUGUGUUCAGAGUAAGGUAAGAUUAGUAAACGAAACACCAUGUUUCAAAUGUUUCAAGGACACUUGAAAUAAAAUGAUUUUCAAGAGACAAGGUGCUACUACAAUUGUAACCAGAGUAUGGAAGGGAUGUAGUGUUGUUGUAACAGGUGUUCUCGCAUUUUGUGUAUUGUGGUGACUGUUUGUGAAAAUUCAAAUUUGUGAUCAUGUUCUUAAAGUUGAUCUUGUACAACCAAUUAUUGAAAUUUGCCAAGUUACAAUUUGUUUAUUGAUAAUGCAUAUUUUCAUUGUGUUAUUUCUUUAUAUGUAUGAUAUUGUUCCAAUUUCUAAAACCAUGAAUGUGUGUGAGAAAAUCAAUUUCCUGUAGAUCAUUGGUGUUAUAGCAAAUGGUUAAAAAAAGUUGAGGGUUUGAAGUAAGUGGUCUUGUUAGAGUAGUCAAGAACUGAUUGCAUACAAACUUGUACGUUAUUUCUUUUUGUCUUUUUUAUCUAGGAAAAUAAUUUUGAGUUAGGAAAAACCCAAUGGCAUUAUGGAAAUUUAAAGCUACCUACUUCAGUUUCAUGUACAGUGUGUUGUAUUUUAGGAAAAAAUAUCAUACAAUGAAAAUUUGUGUAAAAUGUUGCUAAACGCUUGUAAUAUCAUUACCUUAAAAGUAAAUAUUAUUCCCAAGAAAACUAAAUAAAAAUAUGGUAAACCAAGGUUUAUGAAUGCAAUUUAAACUCGGGUUUGUGGCCCAGAAAAAAAAGAUAGGGGAAAGUAUACAGCAUGAUUGUGUUGCAGUGACUUUGUUUAAUGAAAAGAUCGAAGUACAUGUAAUUAGUCAAGUUAAAUAUUUAGUUAAACCAUGAUAGUUCCGUUUUGAUGAUGCAGUGGCUAUUUAUUGCGAUGGCAAAAAUCAUUUCCAUAUUUUUCCUUCAUGGUCAACUUAUUUUUUUCUUGACAUUUUCAUGUUUAAUAUGGAUCUUCACUGUAUGUUUAUAAAGAAAUGUGACCCGUUCUGUUUUAAAUCAUAUACGAAAGAAGAGGAAAUAUUACCGAGGUUUUUCCAUGUCGUGAAUUGUAUUCCAAGUUUGACCUGUCCAUGUACAUAAUAGAAUAAGUAGCAUUAAAAUUGUCAUGUGUUGCUGUAGCCAAGAAUUUGCAAUUCAACCAUUUUUGUCUUUAAAAUGAUGGAAGAGGGUAGUCACUAUACAAAAUCAUAUCCUUAAAGAAUUGAUGAGAGAAUUAUCAUUUCUACAGUGUUGUGCACUCUUGGCAUUGUGAUUGCUCGUUCCAAUUUAAUGAAUACAUCAUUUUGUGUGUAUAUAUGUAACUGAUGUGUGUAACUAUUGAAUCAUGACUGAAUAGUUCACUUGGUACCUGUUUUUCUAUUGUACAUUAAUGUUCACAUGUCCUAUUUUUUGACUUGUAAGGUUUGUUUGGUUAAUAGCUUAAAUUAGUAUGUGGUGUAUGUGAUGAAUUGUGAUGUCUAUCCCUUUUGAGAUCAAUAAAACUUUUCCAUUAA